GUCUUGCAAUCAAACAACUGAAGCCAAAGCUGAUUUAGAGUUUUAAGCCACAAAAACUCACAAACACAGAGAAAGAAAAAGGAGGGUCUCUUUGUGGAGCCCCAUUUCUCAUUUUUCCCCCUUUGCAUUUUGCAGUGCUUCUCUAUCCAUUUCUAGAGAGAGAAAGACACACCUACAUAUACAUAUAGAGAGAGAAACUGAAAGGGUGGGAGAGAAAUAUAUAUAAUGCAGCAGCACCUGAUGCAGAUGCAGCCCAUGAUGGCAGCCUAUUAUCCCACCAACAACGUCACUACUGAUCAUAUUCAACAGUACCUCGAUGAAAACAAGUCUUUGAUCCUGAAGAUUGUUGAGAGCCAAAACUCAGGGAAAAUGGCUGAAUGUGCAGAACAUCAGGCCAAGCUUCAGAGAAACCUUAUGUACCUUGCUGCCAUUGCUGAUUCUCAACCUCAAGCACCUGCUCUUCAUUCUCAGUAUCCUCAAGGCGGGAUGAUGCAGCAGCCAGGAGGUCACUACAUGCAGCAGCACCAGCACCAGCACCAACACCAACAAGUUCAACAGAUGUCACCACAAGCGCUCAUGGCUGCACGUUCCUCGAUGCUGUACAGCCAACAGCAGUACUCAUCGCUACAGCAGCAGCAGGCCUUGCAUAGCCAGCUCGGAAUGAACUCCGGCGGUGGAACCAGCGGACUUCACAUGCUGCAGAGCGACAAUAACAACGCUGCUGCUGUUGGUGGCACCCACCUUGGAGGUGGGUUUCCUGACUUUGGUCGUAAGCAAGAUAUCGGGGUUUCUGGUCCCACCAACGAGGGGCGAGGAGGAGGUAGCUCCAGUGGUGGGGAUGGUGGCGAGACCCUUUACCUGAAAUCUCCCGACAAAGGUAACUGAUAGUCGGUAGUCCUCUUGUGUUAGGCAAUGCUUUAGUUGCAUCGAUCUUAUGAACUUUAUGGUAGCUUCGUAGUUUUGAACGUUUGUUGAAGUAGGUAACGAAGAACAGACGUUGGGAAAAAAGUGGUUAAUGCUUAUAUAUUUGAAUAUUCGUUGUUGGGUCGACUUCGAAACUCUGAGCUUCGUGUGUUAUCUUCCAAUGAAUCAUACGAUGUUCUAUGUUGUAAAUUCGUAGGUUGUUUUG